AUAUAAUGUUGCUAGUUACUCUGUGUUACUGUUGUAAUCUCUGCUUACAUCAUUGAAAUGCUGCGUGUCUUAUUAAUCAAAUCGUAAAUUUGUAAAUACAUUAUCAUUGAUUUUCCAACUUAUUUAAACGAGUAACUCGGAUGGAAUUCAACAUGAUUAUAUAUCAUAGUUUAGUAUUUUCGGUGUUUUUUACGACAUUUGUUAGUUGCGAAGUAUUUACGGCACUGGCUGAUUUAGAAGAAUUACUUCACACUGAAGGUUAUUUAAUUAAUACGUUGGAUAAUUACAUUAAAGCAGAAGAGCAGAGAAUAUAUUUACUGAAAAGGUAUGCAGAAAUAUACCAUCAACAGCAUAACAAAGCAAUAGAAGAUGUACAAGUAUACAUUGCCAAUCCCAUCAAUGCAUACACCUUAGUAAAGAGGUUAUCUACUGAUUGGCAUCAAGUUGAAUCUCUUAUGAGCACUGACAUAAGCAAGGAAUAUUUAAACAAUUUAACCCUUUACAAAGAAACGAUGAAAUUCCCAACUGAAGAAGACCUAAACGGAGCUGCAGUUGCAUUAACAAGACUGCAGGAUACUUAUCGACUGGACACAUCUUCAUUAGCAAGAGGAGAACUAAAUGGUGUAAAAUAUAGUGCAGAAUUAUCUGCAGCUGAUUGUUUUGAACUUGGAAGACAAUCCUACAAUAAUGGUGAUUACUAUCAUACCCAACUAUGGAUGAGAGAAGCAGACGAAAGACUGGCCAAAGAAAAAAAUAAUACUGUGGACAAAAGUGAGAUAUUGGAGUACUUGGCAUUUUCCACUUACAAGCAAGGAAAUGUCCCUCUAGCUUUAGAUCUGACUAUGAAAUUAUUGGAAAUUUUGCCCACACACUCCAGAGCUUUAGGAAAUAAGGUAUACUAUGAAGAAGAAUUACUUAAAAGCUUAAACUAUAAACGAAAAGGAGAUGAUGAAUCUGAUGAAGUUCCAGAUGAUAAACUUCUUGUUGUACCAGAUACUUAUGCACAGGAACAUUAUGAACAGCUUUGUAGAGGUGAAGUAACCCUGCCAGAAGUAAAGAAGGCAAAACUAAAAUGUAAAUAUUUCCACAACAAUAACCCUUUUCUUAAAAUUGCUCCAUUUAAAGUAGAAGAAGCUCACUUGGAUCCUGAUUUAUUUAUAUACCAUAAUGUUAUGUCUGAUAAUGAAAUUGAAACUAUUAAAAAAUUAGCUUAUCCAAGAUUCAGAAGGGCUACAGUUCAAAACUCUCUAACUGGAGAAUUGGAAAUUGCCAAAUAUAGGAUAAGUAAAUCUGCUUGGUUAAAAGAACACGAACAUAAGUACAUUGCAGAUAUAUCCCAGAGGGUUUCAGAUAUGACUGGAUUAACAAUGGAAACUGCUGAAGAAUUACAGGUGGUCAAUUAUGGAAUUGGGGGUCAUUAUGAACCACAUUUUGAUUUUGCCAGAAGAGAUGAGAAAAAUGCAUUCAAAAGUCUGGGCACAGGAAAUAGAAUUGCAACCGUUUUAUUUUACAUGAGUAAUGUGGAGCAAGGUGGAGCGACGGUUUUUCCACAAAUUGGUACUGCAUUAUGGCCAAAAAAAGGAACUGCUGCUUUUUGGUUUAAUCUAUUUCCAAGUGGUGAUGGAGAUGCAAGAACAAGACAUGCAGCAUGCCCGGUUUUAGCCGGAUCCAAGUGGGUGUCUAACAAAUGGAUUCAUGAAAGGGGACAAGAAUUUUUAAGGAAAUGCACCCUUGAAAGGCCACCCUCAGAUAUAACUGCAUAGAAUAAUAACAUUUAUUUUUUAAAUUUCUGACUGUAAUUAAUAAAAUAUUAUGUAAUUAAUUAAAUUAAAUACGUAUUU